AUGGAGGUUGUAUGUGCAAUCAUUAGUCCUAUUGUUGAAUCUUUCAUUGCUCCUGUCAAGAAACAACUGGGAUAUAUUUUUUUCUCCACAAAACUUGUUAGGAACAUGAAUACCAAAAUGAAGCAACUGCAUGGUAUGAUCCUUGAUGUCAAAAAGAACAUGGAAACAAGCAACAUAAGCAAUCUGGAAAUACCUGCUCGUGUACCAGGGUGGUUGGCAGAUGUCGAAAAGACUAAAGAAAAAGCUCAAAGCAUUGCAAGUACUGGGAAUGGAUGUUUUAACAUGAAAAUGAGGUACAAAGCAGGAAGGAAUGCAUUCAAGAUCAUGGAGGAGAUGGAUAGUCUUAUUGAUAUAAAUAAUAAGAUAACUUGGAGUGAUGCUCAAAGACCUCUUGGGAAAGUGAACUUGAAAAUCGCAUCCAGCUCUGCACCUUCGGAUGGUGAUGCCCAAAAUCACUUCAAAUCAAGAGAGAAGUCUUUUAAGAAAGCCUUGGAGUCCCUCCAACAAGAUCACAUGAGCAAAGUGAUAGCCAUAUGUGGAAUGGGUGGUGUGGGGAAAACCACUAUGAUGGAACAACUGAAGAAGACUGCAGAAGAUAAGAAAAUGUUUGAUUGGAUUGUGAAGGUGGUUAUUGGUCAACAACUUAACAUGUUUUCUAUUCAACAAGCUGUGGCAGAAUACAUGGGCCAAUCCCUCACUGAAACCAGUAAAACUGCAAGAGCAGAUCGUCUGCGUAUAACAUUUGAGAACCUCCCAGAGGGUAGAAGAAAUGUUUUAAUGAUAUUAGAUGAUGUAUGGGAGACGAUUGAACUUAAAAAUAUCGGAUUAAGUCCUUUGCCCAAUGGCUUCAAGUUGUUGCUGACAUCACGAAACCAAAAUAUUUGCAAUAAAAUUGCAGUAGAAGCUGAUUUGGAUUUGACACUAGUUAGAGUGGAUGUGAUGGAGGAGCUCGAAGCCCAGAAUUUCUUUUGUCAAAUCACAGGAGUUUCAAAACGACAUGAUGUGGACCUCAAUCAAAUCGGAAGUGACAUUGUGAGAAGAUGCGGUUUUUUGCCCCUUGCUAUUAAACUCAUUGCCACAACCCUUAAAUCUCAAGAAGUGUUUGUAUGGAGAGAUACGUUUCAACGUUUGAAGAAGAACAAUCUUGAUGAGAAUGUGCAAGAAGUUAUUCAGAUAAGCUAUAAUUAUAUAAAAACAGAGGAUGAAAAGGCGAUUUUUCUUCUGUGUGGCUUGUUUCCUGAUGACUUUGAUAUUCCAAUAGAAGAACUCACAAGAUAUGCAUGGGGUCUAAAGUUACUAAGUGAAGUUUCUACUUUGGGAGAUGCAAGAAACAGGACAAAAACGUGUGUGCAGAAUCUCAAAAGUGCAAAUUUGUUGAUGGAUAGCGAUUAUCUUGGGUGUGUAAAAAUGCAUGAUCUUGUGCUUGCUUUUGUGUUAGGUAAAUUUUCUAAAGGUGACGAUCCAUGGAUGAUUAAUCAUGGUGAUAUUUCAAAGUUGAGUACAGCUGGAAGGAGCGAUUCUUGCAAAAGAGUAUCUGUUACUUGCACGGGUAUGUCUGAGAUUCAUAGAGACGUGUGGUACCCGAAUGUAUCACUUUUGAGACUUAUGCAUGGAGAUAAGUCUCUUAAGUUUCCUGAAGACUUUUAUGAAAGAAUAGAAAAUAUUGAAGUUAUAGCAUAUGAAAAAAUGCAUAAUCCGUUGCUUCCUAGAUCACUUCAGUGCUCCACCAAGCUACAAACACUCAUUCUCCAUCAGUGCCGAUUGAUGUUUGAUUUCUCUUUUAUUGGUGAACUUUUGAAUCUGGAAGUGCUCAGUUUUGCUCAUUGUGGCAUCACAAAUUUACCAUCCGCAAUCGGAAAUUUGAAGGAGUUAAAGCUACUGGAUUUGUCGGGUUGUGUCAAUCUUCGCAUUGAUGAUGGUGUCUUAAAAAAUUUGGCUAAGCUUGAAGAGCUUUAUAUGAGAGUUGAUAAUAAAAAGGCAAUUGGGUUCACAGACAGUAAUCAUGCUGAAUUAGCAGAACUUUCAGAGCACCUUUCUGCACUAGAAGUUGAGUUCUUUGAUAAUAAUGGUAUGCCCAAGAACAUGCUGUUUAAGAAACUUGAAAGGUUCAGGAUCUCUGUGGGACGUAGUUUAGAAGACAAUACUGGCAAAAAUAUGCACUCAUUUGAAAACACAUUGAUGUUGGUCACUAACAAAGAUAAGCUAUUGGAAUCUAGAAUGAAUGAGUUGUUUGAGAAAACGGAGGUGCUAUAUUUGGAGGUGGAUGGUAUGAAUGAUCUUGAAGAAGUUUUACUGGAAUCAAUCCAUCUUCCUCGACAGGCAUUUAAUAAUCUAAGAGUCCUUAAUGUUUUCAAGUGUAAAAAUUUAAAAUACCUCUUCACAGUCCCUAUUGUAAAUGGUUUGGUGAAGCUUGAGCGCCUCACAGUUUCAAAGUGCUCUGUUUUGGAAGUUCUUGCACACAGUGAGAAUGGUGGAGAUGGGGCAAUUAAGUUUCACAAGCUAAAGUUUCUAAGUUUGGAUAGGCUACCAAAGUUGACAGGUCUUUGCAACACUGCUAAUCUAAUUGAGCUACCACAACUGGUGAAGUGGAUACUUGAUGGCCUUCCUAAUUUCAGUAGCAUUUAUCCUGAGAAAACUUCUGGAACAUCUUCUAUGUCUAGUAGUAUCUCUGCAAUUCAACCUUUCUUUAACAAAGAGAUGCUGAUUCCUAAGUUAGAGAUAUUGAAAAUUCUUAGUAUGGAUAAGCUGAAAGAGAUAUGGCCUUAUCAAUUUAGUAGUAGCCACGAAGUUAAUGCCUGCAUGUUGAGAAAGAUUGAAGUGAAGAAAUGUGAUAAUCUUGUGAAUCUGUUUCCAACCAAUCCUAUGUCUUUUCUGGGUCGUCUGGAAGAGCUUGAUGUUUCUGAAUGUGGAAGCAUUGAAGUGUUAUUUAACAUCGACAUGAGUUGUGUUGGUGAAACUGAAGAAUACAGUAGCAACUUGAGACGCAUUAAAGUAUGUGAUAUGGGGAAGCUAAGAGAGUUGUGGAGGAUGAAAGGUGAAAGUAGCUCUGAUAUCCUGAUCAGUAGCUUUCAAUCUGUUCAAUGUAUAGAAAUAUAUGACUGUGAGAGGUUUGUAAACGUAUUCACACCGACCGUGACCAAUUCUGAUGUGAGAACACUUAUGAAUGUGAGUAUAGAUGGUAGGAGACCUUGUGAAGAAACCAGGAGAAACAUAAAAUUGGUUCGGAAAAGCCAGGAGAUUAAUGUUAUAUCCAAGGCAGGGAUCAUUUCAGAGGGGUGUGGUAAUAUUCCUGACGUUGAAUCCUCAAUUCAUCCCAAACCUAUUCUUCAUCAGCUUCAAGUAAACGGCUGUAAGGAUGUUGAAGUGGUGUUUGAGAUUGAGCGUUCUGGUAGCAGCAGCGGCAACACAGAUUUCACAACAACUCUGCAUAAAUAUAAUCAUCAACCACCAUUACUACUUCCCUCCCUCAAGUAUUUAUAUUUAUUUGAUAUGGAGAGGAUGAGUGAUGUGUGGAAGUGCAAUUGGAAGAAACUUUUAAUUCCUCAAAAUCAAUCACAAACCUCAUUCCACAACCUCACAAUCAUAUACAUGACUAGAUGCAGUAGCAUAAAGUACUUAUUUUCACCUCUCAUGGGCAAACUUCUUCCCAACUUAAAGGAGGUUCAGAUAUAUAGGUGUGAUGGUAUUGAAGAAGUUAUUUCAUAUAGAGAUAUUGAUGAAAAUGAAGAAAUGGCAGGUACAUCUACUCAUACAAACACCAUUUCCUUUCCUCUUCUUGAUGACCUCGUCCUCAGUUCUCUGCCACGCCUAAAGAGUAUCGAUGGCGGUACUACAAUCACAACUACUUCCAUCCAUGAUCAAUUCAAGUGUUCUCAAGUCGGUGUUGCUUCUUGGUUCUUAUGCCAAUACUCCAAAAAGAUUGUUAUAAGUGAUUGUUAUGCCUUGUCAAGAGUGUUUCCGUCCUAUGUAGUGGGACAACUGAAUAAGCUUGAAGAGUUGAGAAUAUCAAAAUGUAAGUCAAUGGUGGAGCUAUUUGAAAGUGAAAGAGUCAAUAAUGAUGGUGUUGAUAGUAUUAGUAAUGUUGGUGAUGGAAGUGAUGAUACUUGUACUACAAUGGCCAUCCCAUGGUCGGCAAAUAGGACGUUGCUUGAAUUUCCCAACCUAACAAUAUUGAAAAUCUAUGACUGUGAACUUUUGGAAUAUAUAUUCACAAGUUGUACGCUUGAAAGCCUCAAGCAACUCAAAGAAUUGACUGUAGCAGAAUGCAAGUCAGUGCAAGUGAUUGUGAAGGAAGACAGAGAGCACACAAAAACAUCUAAAUUUGUAGUCUUCCCUCGUCUGAAGUCCCUUACACUCGCAGAUUUACCAGAUCUCAAGGGUUUCUUUUUGGGGAUGAAUGAGUUCACGUGGCAAGUAUUGGAAAAGGUUGAGAUGCAUGGCUGCCCACAAAUGAUGAUUUUCACAUCUGGUCACUCAAACGCUCCGAAGCUUAACUACAUACACACAGCAUUAGGCAAACAUAGUCUUGAAUGUGGCCUUAACUUCCAUUUGACCAAUGUUACACAUGAGAAUCAACUCCCUAUGUCCUCUACUCCAGAUAUGAUAAAGCUACAUCAGUUGCCUUGGUCUUUUUCAAAUUUAGUUGAAGUAGAAGCACAUGAGUAUGGUGACAAAUUGUUGAAAAGCCGCAUAAUUUUUCCAUGCAACGAGUUGCUUAAUUUGAAGAAUCUUGAAAAGUUUUUUAUUGCCAAUGCUUAUUACUCUGUAAUAGAGGAGGUAUUUGAAGUAGCACAAGGAACAAAUGAUGAUGUGGAUAGUGAAACACAAUCUGUUGUGGUAUUUCCAAAGCUAAAAGAGGUGAUUUUGGUUGGAAUAAGUAAUAUGAAGCAUAUGUGGAAGAGCAAUCGGUGGAUAGUGUUGAACUUUCCAAACCUUACAAAGGUGUCUGUUAAUGACUGUUCACUUCUUGGACACGUUUUCACUUGUUGCAUGGUUGGUAGUCUAUUGCAUCUCCAAGAGCUACAAAUAAGUGACUGCGAGAGUAUGGAUGUGAUUGUCAAGCAAGUUGAAGAUUCCGAAACUACACCGACUGAAGUUGUGUUCCCUUGUCUAAAAUCCAUAACACUUAACAACCUUCCAAAUCUCAAGGGAUUUUGCCUGGGCAAGUCGGCUUUUGAAUGGCCAUCAUUAGAUACUUUGGAAAUCAAAGAUUGUCCACAAAUAAUAGUUUUCACAAAUGGGCAAGCAACUACUCCGGAGCUGAAGUUAAUAAGUACAACUUUCGGAUUGUGUGAUGUUACGGAAGAUCCAACCUCCUUUAUAAAGACCAAACAACAAGAGGGAUGGCAUUGGCUGUAUAGCAUAGCGGGCAGUGACAUCCGAUAGGGCAGUAUGCCAUAACAUCCAACGAACCCAGGUUCUAUCCCUCCCCGGAGAGAUAACAACAACAUCCUUAGCGACCCAGUUUCCCAUUAAGAGGUUUCACUGCUUUGGACAUGGAUAGAACUUGACACCAUUCCCCAGAAACCCUUGGGAAGGGAAAACUGUAGUGUGCCUCCGACUAGUUGAAUUGAACCAUGAGGCUUAUCUGAUCAUUGAAUUGACUUUUUGUCAGGGUUGUUUGCUUACUCUUUCAAUCUGGGUUAUUGAACUUCUAGUUUCAAAUAAUCUCAUGUAUGAUGUGUCCACUUCUUGUAUUUGAUUAAGUUAAGACCAAAUUAGCAAUAACUACACAACUUUUUCUUCAAUGGUUUGUGCAUACUCCACUAUUUUCAAAAGUGCAU